GGUUUCUGUCCUUCCCCUUGGUGUGGAGAGCCACUUGAUGUUCUGACAUAACUUGCGAAAGUGCACCUUAUUGCCCAGCGACCUGCUUCGACUCAACUAUCAAACAACCAACGUAGAUUUGCCGCAUAUAAUUUUUGUCGCCAUGGCAGAGACUGGACUCCCCGAGGGUUGGGAGGUUAGACACUCCAACUCGAAGAAUCUCCCAUAUUAUUUCAAUUCUAGCACGAAGGAGUCGCGAUGGGAGGCUCCUGCUGGCACCGAUAUCGACAAGCUGAAGAUGUACAUGGCCCAGUACCACAGCGCCGCUCAAAUCGGCCGCGAUGGUGUCGGCUCAGGAGCAGGCAAAAUUCGAGCCAGUCACCUAUUGAUCAAACACCGGGACAGUCGACGGCCGAGCAGCUGGAGAGAACCUGAAAUUACCAGACCAAAGGAGGAGGCUAUCGCUACUCUUCUGGGCCAUGAGGCGCGGAUCCGCUCUGGUCAGGUCAGCUUGGGCGACCUUGCUGUUUCCGAGUCGGAUUGCAGUUCUGCCCGGAAACGUGGUGACCUGGGUUAUUUUGGACGAGGAGAGAUGCAAAAGGAAUUCGAGGACGCCGCGUUUGCUUUGAAGCCCGGCGAGGUGAGCCAUGUGGUAGAGACGGCUUCUGGAGUGCAUCUGAUUGAAAGGCUUGAGUAGAAAGUAUCACAUGAAGAACCCAGGAACUUACGUCUGGCCUCAUCCCGACAGAGAUGACUGGAUUGGAUGCGCCUUUAUCUUGAUAGUUUGAUGAUUGGUCGCUGUAUUGUUAAUGCACAAUGCACCAGUUUGCGAAUCUAGGAAAACAAAUACUAAAUCGUCAAAAAAUGCCAUUCUGCUAUUACCAUUGUUUGCACAGCCGCCUGAUUAACCGCUGCCUGUCCGUGUCAG